AUGGGGUCCAUAAUUCCUGCAGUGGUUAGUUUCAUCCUCAGGUGGAGUCUGGUCCUUCUCAUCUUUGUUCAAAGUCUACAGACUGGUGAAAUCAAUGAGCCAUGCCAUGGAAGGAACUGCAGUGUUUGCCAGUGUCUUCCUGCUAAAGGUGCACGGGGGGCUCCCGGGAAGACCGGGUCUCAAGGACCCCGCGGGGUGAUGGGUCCGUGGGGACGUGCAGGACCUCCAGGGGAGAAAGGUAGAAGAGGAGCAGAAGGAUCCCCAGGUCCAGAGGGGCCGAAGGGUGACCGUGGUCCAUCUGGUGUCUCCGGCUUUGUUGGUAAUGAUGGGCUGCCGCCUGGACCAGGUGGAGAGCCCGGUCUCCCUGGGGUGGAUGGAUGUAAUGGGACAAGGGGGAAGCCUGGGCCUCCUGGUCUUCCUGGUUUGGAUGGUCUUCAUGGUCAACCAGGCUUACGUGGAGCUAAAGGUAUUAAAGGAGAGCCGGUGUUCAACACUGGAAUACCAGGGCCACGCGGCCCUCCUGGUCCAGAGGGAGCCCAGGGUCUGCCCGGACCAAAGGGAGUUGUUGGUCCAAAGGGCUACUUUGGCCUUCCAGGACCUCAUGGACUCAAGGGCUUCAAAGGAGCUGACGGCGUGAGGGGAAUUCCAGGAGAUCCUGGACGUUCGCUGCCUGGUCUUCCAGGUGAAGAUGGGGAGCAAGGCUCACCAGGCCCACAGGGACCUGAGGAGGUGGUAGAGUACCCCAUCGGUGUUCUUCCACCUAAAGGUUACAAGGGAGAACAAGGGUCUCCAGGACCAUGUGGACCGAAAGGCUUAAGUGGGCCAAACCUGGGCUUCAUCCAAGGGAUGAAAGGAGAGCAAGGGAUUCCAGGAUUGCCAGGGAGGAGAGGUUACCAAGGGGAGCCUGGACUUCCUGGACCUCAUCUAUUCAUGAAAGGCGGCGAUUUAAGAGGUGCUCGAGGAGACAUGGGUGACCCUGGUCCACCUGGAUCUCCUGGUGAUCCUGGCUACAGAGGCCCACCCGGGCCCCGAGGGUCCCCUGGAUUAUCAAUAGCAGGUCAGCCGGGUCCCCGGGGCCCACCCGGCCCUAAAGGUCUUAAGGGAGAGCCAGGAUAUUUUCACAACUUAAUAGAUAAUCCACUGCCUGGACUGAAGGGAAACAAAGGUCUUCCUGGACACAAAGGAGUCACAGGCCUCCCCGGUGCUCCAGGAUGUGGAGAUUACAUCUGUGAGCCUGGUUACCCUGGUGAUCCUGGGGACAGGGGGCCCAAAGGUUCUAAAGGCAGCAAGGGACUUAUGGGAGUCAAAGGCUGUCAUGGGGAGUGUCAUUGCAGCUCUGCUGGUGCACCCCCUGGGCCACCCGGUCCUCCUGGAUACCCAGGAUCUCCAGGGAUACCUGGGCAGAAAGGAGUAAUGGGGGAUCCUGGAUUAAAUGGAGGAGAUGGACCGACAGGGCCACACGGCUUCAGGGGACCCCCUGGCUUGAAAGGUCGCAAGGGGAACAAGGGUGACCCUGGAGAUUCAGGAUACCCUGGAUCACCAGGCUCUAAAGGACGACCGGGACCAGAUGGACCGCCAGGCCUUGUUGGAGAUCGUGGAGUGCCAGGGUCUGGAUAUUCUGGAGUGCCAGGUCCUAAAGGUGUUUAUGGCUUGCCUGGACCAAAAGGGCGUCCAGGCCCAACAGGACCACCAGGUCCAGGUCUACCAGGCCCUCCAGGACUGCAUGGUAUGCAAGGAAGUCCUGGCUAUCCCGGCCCUCCGGGUAUUCCAGGAAGACCAGGUCCUCCAGGUGAAACUGAUGUCUGCUGCGAUGACCCUGUUGUUGGAUUACCUGGUUCGCAGGGAGACCCAGGGAAUCCAGGUGCACCUGGCAGACCUGGUCAUUCUGGAAACCCAGGGCCACCAGGACGAAAAGGCAUGAAAGGCGAUGAUGGUGAAAUUGGGGGAACAGGAAUACCAGGACCACGGGGAAUAACUGGGGAUCCAGGAAAUAUUGGUCCCGAUGGAAUUAGUAUAGAGGGACCUGGAGGAUCCCCUGGACUUCCUGGACCACCUGGAUUGAAGGGCAUCAGAGGAGAUGUAUAUAGUUCCUUGCCUGGUGUACCUGGUCCCCCAGGUCCGCCAGGUGCGGUCGGUUGGAAAGGAUUUCCAGGCAGUUCGGGAAAUCCUGGAUACCCAGGACAACCAGGUCAGCCAGGCAGAAAAGGAGGACGAGGUGACAGUGGUGAUCCAGGCGUCACUGGUAUUCCAGGACCACCAUGCACAACAUAUCUUAAAGGACUUCCUGGUCCACCUGGGCCCCCAGGACAUCCAGGACCAGGAGGACCACCAGGUGUUAUUGGUCAGAAGGGUUUAAAGGGAGAUAUUGGUCAACCUGGUUAUGGACAAAAGGGCCCUAGUGGUUAUCCAGGUCCUCCAGGAGAGCCUGGGGUACCUGGUGACAAUGGAUAUUUUGGCCCACCCGGAGAUCCUGGUGACGCUGGCUGGCCUGGACAAAAAGGUGAACUGGGAUACCAUGGUAAAGGUGGAUCCAGAGGGUUACCAGGCUUUCCUGGACCUCCAGGACGUGAGGGAAGAAAGGGAGGACUGGGUAUUGAUGGGAAUCCCGGUCUCCCAGGACAACCAGGAUAUCCUGGCAACAAAGGUUUCAAGGGCCAGAGAGGGUUGCCUGGCGAUCAAGGAACUGACGGUUGGCCGGGUCCUCCAGGAUCAAAAGGCAUUGCUGGGAGUUCAUGCAUUAGAGCAAAGCCUGGUGAGAAAACCUUUUUAGGUGAGCCAGGAGAAUCAUUUGGAGGACCUGGACCUCCAGGACCUAAGGGAUUGCCAGGGGAAAAUGGACAUUGGGUUCCAAGAGGGGUACCAGGAGAUCCAGGUGAUCCAGGACCAACAGGAAGACCUGGGCAACCUGGACGGCCGGGUAAUUCCGGAGAUCCAGGAAGAAAUGGAGGGCCAGGGUUUCCUGGACCACCUGGUCCACCAGGACAACCAGGCCAUCCAGGGAUUAAAGGUGAUCUAGGGGGUGUGGGAUCACAAGGACCACCUGGGCCAUAUGGACCCACAGGCCCCCCUGGUCCUCCUGGUAUCGAUGGUCUGGAUGGUCUAAGGGGUCCUCAGGGGAUGAAAGGAGCAAGUGGAAGCAUCAUUCCAGGCCCUCCUGGACCAGAUGGUUUCCCUGGAAGAAAAGGUUCUAGGGGUCACCCUGGAUCACCUGGAGGCAGUCUGCCUGGACCAAAAGGCAUACGUGGCCCAGAUGGAGAGCCAGGUCUUCCAGGCAUCCCAGGUGAACCCGGUUACCCAAGCCAGCAAUGCCAUUUUCCAAGUCCAGGACCUCCGGGGGAUGUUGGAAUAGAAGGUUAUCCUGGUCCUGAAGGUCCUCCUGGGGCUCCAGGCCCUCCAGGUGGUUUAUAUUUCUCAAAAGGGGACCCUGGACCAAAUGGCGCUCCGGGAUAUCCAGGCCGCAAAGGGGAGAAGGGCCUUUUAGGACCACCUGGAUCUCAAGGCUAUCCAGGGUUUCGUGGGCCAAAAGGUGUGAGAGGCUUUGAUGGCCCCAGAGGUCCUCAAGGUCAUCGUGGUCAGAAUGGUGAUCCUGGGCCAAGUGGUCGAAAAGGAGCAACUGGGCCACGUGGGGACACUGGAGCUAGAGGUGCACGUGGUGAUUCCAUACCCGGAAUCCCUCAGCUAACUCCCUUUGGAAGUCCAGGACCUCCCGGUUUACCAGGACCUUUAGGAUUUCCUGGUAAUGUUGGUCCACCGGGAUCCCCUGGACCAAAAGGCAAGAAAUGAUCUACGGGCCCCCCUGGCCCACCUGGCCCUGAUGGUCGUGAUGGCCCUCGAGGCGACCAGGGCAAUGGUGGGCAGCCCGGCUUCAUUGGACCUCAGGGUUAUCCUGGUCCACCAGGUGACCCCGGUGCACCAGGCCAUGGAUCUGUGCCCAGCUCAGGUUUCCUAUUAGUGAUACACAGUCAGUCAGUGACGGUGCCACUUUGUCCUGUUGGUACAAGUCUACUGUGGGUGGGUUACAGUUUAGUCUACCUCGAGGGUCAAGAGAAUGCUCAUAUCCAAGACCUUGGUCAAGCUGGCUCCUGCUUGCCUGUGUUUUCCACAAUGCCGUUCUCCUAUUGCAACAAGGCUGCGUGUCACUACUCUGGGCGGAAUGACAAAUCUUGCUGGCUUUCCACCACUGCUGCCAUACCCAUGAUGCCUCUCUUCGGACAAGAGAUCAGUUCCCACAUCAGCCGCUGUGUUGUGUGUGAAACACGCUCACCUGCCGUGGCUUUUCAUAGUCAGGAUCACAGAGUUCCUGCGUGUCCCUUUGGCUGGCGGAGCCUUUGGACGGGAUACUCUUUUCUCAUGAACACUGGAGCCGGUGACAACGGUGGCGGCCAGUCUCUUGCUUCCACUGGGAGCUGUCUGACAGACUUCCGAACUCACCCUUUCGUAGAGUGUCAGGGAGCACGUGGUUCAUGCCAUUACUUUGCAAACCUCUUCAGUUUUUGGCUCACCACAGUAAAUGAGUCAGAGCAGUUCAGAACCCCAGUGUCCAGCACUAUUAAAGCGGCUGAGCAGCAGCGGCGCAAGGCCAGCCAGUGCCAUGUCUGCCUCAAAAACUGA